AUGUUACGUUUUUAUCUAUCUAUUUCUUUCCGGGUUUUUUUUAAGAGAAAUCUGAAGAUAAGAGCAAGCCCAUCAUCUGCUGCGUUUCCAAGAAUUAGUACAGCAGAAAUUACGAAUGGAAUUACUGGAGCUUGUGUGUGGAAAGAGCUCGGUAAUUUGGUUCGCGAAUACACAGUGAAAUACACAACUCUUAACGUCAUUUCCGGUCCGAUAUUUAAGGAUGGAUUGGAUAACGCCAAAAGGUUGCAUUCCGUCAACUGCAGCGUUCCGAUACCGACUCACUUUUACGUCAUCCUUUCAAAGCUUUCAUCAGCCGACAUGUCAAUACCCGCUGAAGUAUUACCAAUUAUCCUACCACAUGUAGAAAAAGAUCAAAACUGCUUGAAACCUAAGGACUAUUUCUUUGAUCACACAGCCCGUAUCAGAGAUAUCGAACUGCUAACGGGUUUAACUUUCAUGACUGAUAUACCUUGGGAAAAAUCAAUAAAAAUCAGGACUUACCUCCCCUUGGAAAUGUGGGAAAGUUUACGUCCCUCAUCAUGGAUGAAACUCCAACAUUGUGUGAAUCUUGACAAGGCUUGUAAAAAUGCGAGUAGGCCUGUGCUGCUCAUAUCUUUGGACGGCUUCCGCGCUGAUUACACCAAUUAUGAGGUUACUCCUGUCAUCAACCGCUUACGAGAGUGCGGAAUUCAGACGUCUUUUAUGCGCUCCUCCUUUCCGUCUAAGACUUUUCCAAACCAUUAUACCAUUGCAACAGGUUUAUAUCCAGAGUCACACGGCAUUGUAGGUAAUUAUAUGUAUGACAUGGAAAAGAACGAUGUAUUCAAGAUGUCAACAACGGACCCCUACUGGUGGGGUGGAGAGACGAUUUGGAAAACUCUUAGCAAGGCUGGUAAAGAAUCCGGGUCGUAUUUCUUCGUUGGUUCCAGCAUUUCAGGAGUGAAUGCUACGUAUUUCUAUCCCUAUUCUGGUAAAACAUCAUAUGAAGAUCGCAUUGACCAAGCUGUUGCAUGGAUUAGGCAAGGCUUACCUUUUGUCUCUAUCUAUUUCGAAGAACCAGAUAGCACAGGACAUCGUGAAGGUCCAUCGUCAAAACAGAUCCUCAACACUUUGCGUCUUGUCGACUCUUAUAUCGGUCAACUCAUGAAUAAACUGUACGAAGAGAAUAUGCAUAACUGCGUCAACAUCAUUAUUGUGGCCGAUCACGGUAUGACGGAUGUUAAUUGUGAACGGAGCGUUGUAUUAUGGGAUAUUAUUGACAAAGAGACGGCCACAAAGGAUAUGUUCGUGUAUAGUGAUGGACGGGUAACAAACAAAUACUGGCAAGAAGGAAAGACUUUCAAGCGGUUUUCCAAUGGAUCAUAUGCUAUUACCGUCCCAGAACUCACGUCCAAGCUUGAAUGCAGUAGUCGGCAUAUGAAAGUGUUCCAGAAAGAAUUCUUACCCAAAAGACUUCACUACACCAAGCACAAAAGGAUAGGAGAUAUCCAACUACUUAUCAACGACACAUGGUACUUACAAAGGAAGAACUUGUAUUGUGGCGGAAGAGGAAGCCAUGGAUACGACAACCGUUUCAAAAGUAUGAAUGCUUUGUUUCUUGCCUACGGUCCUGAUUUCAAACAGCAAUUACACACCGAGCCUUUCCAAAAUAUAGAAAUUUAUAAUUUGUUUACAGACUUGCUGAACAUCCCGGGUGCCCCAAACAACGGAACAGAAGGUCGUCUGCAUAGAUUACUAAGAAGACCACCACCGGAAACAUUACGACAAUCAGUCGGUCAAUAUAAAAACGUUAGCUUUAAUAUGAACUUUGAUGACUUGGCACUUUUCCUAAAAAAACACAGAUGUUUGAAUUUUACUCCAACAAAUAAAGAGGUCAGCUUGAUCUACACCUCGAUGGUCAAUUCGAACAAGAAAUUUCAAGAGAUUUCCUUUGGAUUACCUCUCCUGAAAAAUAAUGUUUCCAUACAAAUGUUGAAACAUAAGGCUUAUCUCACGGCUUAUGAUACCAACCGAAAACGGCUUUUAUUCAUUGCAGCUACAAGGAAGUCUUCCCAGCCGUUCGCCAACUUCUCAGACGCCGGAAAUGGUUGCAUAGUUGAUCCCAGAGUGCAUUUCGAUCAAAUGAAAUACGACCAAACUGAAAACAAUUAUACCUGGUUGAAUCUUACUCCGGCAGAUUUUGCCGAUGAUGAAGAAAAAAUCACUUCUUUUUUAUCCACCAAUUUCAUUCGCGUUGCAAAAGCUUUUAAAGAAGAUUUAUGGAUUGAAGCAUUAAAUGUGGUACAGAAAUGGCGGACUUCGUUUUCUAUGUUCACUUGGUUCGUUGGACCCAUUUAUGAUUACAACUUGGAUGGUCUGGCUGAUGACGAUGACACAAUAAAAAGGUUCACCAAUGAAAGCUUGCCGACUAAUGUCUUCUUUGUGCUUGUGGGUUGCCAGAACACAGGCGAGAUAGAAGCAACGACUGCUUAUAUUUUACCUAGCAACCAGCAACAUUUUCCUAAAUGUCGGAAAAUGUCUCAAAUGCUGCGAGAUCACCAAGCGCGUGUGCGAGAUGUAGAGCUGUUGACCAAUUUGGAAUUCUAUCCCAAAGAGCCCUUCCAAAAAGCUGUUAUUCAUAGAACAUCAAUGAUCGACGUAAAACUACCACUAAAAGAUUAG